GGAUAUAAGAAUAACGUGUGUGUGAGGGUUAUUGUCUUCUUUACGGCGAGGAGCCGACAGGACAGCUGCCUCGGUUUCUAUAACUAGUCAGCAAGCUAGCGCCGCUCACCGCUACAUGCUCACACAUCCUCCCAGCACAAGAAACACCUAGCUAGGUAAACAACUCAGCGCUGGACAAACGCUUCCACCAUCAUGGAAAAGGCUGAUUUCUUAAAAGGACUUCCUGUCUACAAUAAGAGCAACUUCAGCAGGUUUCAUGCAGACUCUGUUUGUAAAGCAUCUAAUCGUAGACCCUCGGUGUACCUUCCAACACGCGAAUACCCCUCUGAGCAGAUUAUUGUAACAGAGAAAACCAACAUCCUCCUGCGUUACCUCCAUCAGCAGUGGGACAAAAAGAAUGCAGCAAAGAAAAGGGAACAGGAACAAGGUGAGGGUGACAGUCCAGCACCCCCGAGGAAGAUCGCGAGGACAGACAGCCAAGAGAUGAACGAGGACUCAUAAGUGUGCUGCUUGUGUGUGUGUGUGUGUGUGUGUGUGUGUGUGUGUGUGUGUGUGUGUGUGUUAGAAAGAGUGAGAGAUAAUGUGUGUAUGUAUGUUCGCCUAUACAGGGAACAGCCAGUAUAACUAAAUCAAAGGAUAGUUCCCCCUGAAUAAGACUUCUGGCAUCAGCAUAAUGGAAGGAAGCUUUCCCUGGACUAACUUAAGGGUCAUUGUAUGGAGAAUUGGGAAAAUUCAUUUCAGCAAAGUAGCAGUUUCUUGAGCAAAGUUAUGCAUAUGGUAUGCAUAAUGAUUGUUAAACCAGAAAGAUUGUUUAGUGUCUGUCUGUUGGUCUCCAAAAGAGACAGGGAGGGAACUUUAAAGUUCUGCUUGUCUUAUUUAUGUUGGCUAAUCCCUGUGUAGGUUAGUAAACUUGUAUAUGUCUGUAUGCAUGCUGAGCUGCAAUUGUGCAUUGUAAAGAACUGUGUGUACAAAGUGAAUGAUGAGUUGAAAACAUGUCAGAGUAGAUAAAAGAACAGAGAUGGACUUGUAGCCUUCUGUCGCCUGGAGAGACUGUCCUGAUUUGUGAUGAUGUUUUGUUACCGUUUUAAUUUUAUUAUAACUAUUAUUGUUUAUGUAUGGCAAAGAGCUUCCUGCCAGCCACAGUGCCCGCCCUCUCAGUUUCACUGCCCACUCUGCAACCACACAGGGGUAUUGUGACGUUUCUCCACACUGUUUGAAUCAACAGAACCAAGAAUGCACUGUGAAGAACAGCACAAAGUAGAAGCAAUUCUUCCACAACCCCCCCUUAGAUGUUUGUUUACAGCAAAUAUGCGUACUUUCAUUUUAUUCUGGGACUUGUGCUUAUUGGAUAAAUGUUGUGCUGAUGUUUCUAAAAAAUAUAUAUUUACGUUUUGCACCAUCAUCUGACUGAUUGAGGCUAUUUAAAUAGGAAUUCUUGUGAGAUUUAGCUGCUCAUUCAAUAAAGGAUGUCAAAGUUGGGCUAAAAUAUGGAGCUGUCCAAUGUUGGAUUGUCAGUUGCACAUCAACGUUACAGCACAGAUACUUCAGAAAAAUAUGUGAAGUUGCCUGGAAAAGAUACAUUAUGAUGUGUAAAUAAUUGCCAGCAUCAGAUCUAGUUCAUCCCAUGAAGUAUCUUUCUGUCUGCCUUUUUGGAAGAGAAUACAUGCCCAUGGUAAACAAACAGACGUUUUUGAAAGAAAAGAGCCCUGGUUGAAUGUGGCCUUGGCUUGCAUGUUAACACCUGGUUGUUAUAUUCCAGGACCAGUAAUAAAAGGUGAAGGGGUUUAAGAUGUGUUAUCUGUGGAAGGUAUUAGUCUGUAGGCCUUACAACCUGUUAUCAUGGUUUCGACCCUUUUUCUCCCCCAAGUGCAGUGUCGGUAUAGCUGUGCUGUUCGCUCUGUCUUCAGGUCAACUUUGGAUGUUUUUUUUUGUCUGAGGACAGGCUGAGGUUAAAACAGCCCACAAAAGCAUGCACAGCACAGUGCAGUCGUCAUCAUGCCUUGUCCCUGAGAUUCAGUUUGUAUUGGUGUCAUAUACUGUACAACACUGAAUAAACCUUCUUUUUUUUUGUAAAAACAUUCUUGCCACUGCCCAGCAGAGUCACGUUGAAGCGUCCUGCCCUUCCCGUUCUUUUCUUUUGUAAAUGCUGCAGUGUUGGUCGACAGUGUGGUUGGUCUUCUUCCUACCUAAAAUGUAUAUACCGUCUGUCUCUGAAGCGUAAACACAUGAUGCUUCUUCUCAUUUAGACUGUUCUACACCUAAGCCUUGCCCCAUCUCAUGGCUGUUUGAUCACAUUUGUUCUUUUUAGCUUUGCCCAAAUAAAACUGGACUGAAACUGGGA